AUGGAUGGUCAAUUUAAUCAUGCUCAUUUGAGAAACACCAAACAUCUGGAUUUUAUUGAUAAGUGGGGAAGUGAUAAAUUACCCGAAGAUGAGAUUGCGGUACCCCUUAAGUAUCAACCACCAACAUUUGAAGAGAGCGAAGAUUUUGAACUAAUACCAGAACAGUUAAAGCAAGGAACCGAUAAAUGGAAGGAUCUUGCCUUGGACUUUCUGAGUGAAGAACCCCGACAACAACGACAGCAAUCCCAUCAUCAACAAUCGCAACAGAUCCAAUGA